GCUCAUGUGAUGGUGGUUUCCACGUCCCCCUUCCUCCCCCGUCCCGGGCUUGCCCAGCGCCCAGCGAGGAUGGGGCUGCCGGCUCUUGCCCUGCUGCUGGCGGCGGGGCUCCUGCCCACGGAGGCCUCCCCCCCAGCACGCUCCUUCCAGCUGGAUUAUGAGGAUGACUGCUUCCGUAAGGAUGGUGCCCCGUUCCGCUACAUCUCGGGCAGCAUCCACUACGCCCGCGUCCCGCGCCCCGCCUGGAGGGACCGGCUCCUCAAGAUGUACAUGAGCGGGCUCAGCGCCGUGCAGGUCUACAUCCCCUGGAACUACCACGAGCCGCUGCCGGGGGUUUAUGACUUUGCUGGGGACCGGGAUGUGGAAGCCUUCCUGGACCUGACAGCCAAGCUCGGGCUUCUGGUGAUCCUGCGGCCGGGGCCCUACAUCUGUGCGGAGUGGGAGAUGGGUGGCCUGCCUGCCUGGCUGCUGUGGAAACCAGACAUCGUCCUGCGCUCCUCCCACCCUGCCUACCUGGCAGCCGUGGACUCCUGGCUCCAUGUCCUGCUACCCAAGAUCAAACCACGGCUGUACCAGCAUGGGGGGAACAUUAUCAGUGUGCAGGUGGAGAACGAAUACGGGAGCUACUACGCCUGCGACUACGAGUACCUGCGGCACCUGCUGGGCUCCUUCCGGGCGCUGCUGGGGACAGAGGUGCUGCUCUUCACCACCGACGGCACGCAGGCGUGGGAGCUGCGCUGCGGCACGCUGCAAGGGCUCUACGCCACCAUCGACUUCGGGCCAGACUCCAACGUGACGGAGGCAUUUGGUGCCCAGCGCCGGGUGGAACCGAAGGGACCCCUGGUGAACUCCGAGUACUACACGGGCUGGCUGGACUACUGGGGGGGGGCUCACGCCAGCACCAGCCCGGCACGGGUGGCCCAGGGGCUGGAGGACAUGCUGGAGCUGGGAGCCAGUGUCAACAUGUACAUGUUCCAUGGGGGAACGAACUUCGCCUACUGGAGCGGUGCUGACUUCAAGGACCAGUACAAACCAGUGACCACCAGCUACGACUAUGAUGCCCCCCUCUCGGAGGCAGGAGACCUCACUGAGAAGCUGUUUGCCAUCCGCACGGUCAUCAGCAAGUUCCAGCCCCUGCCAGUCGGUCCGAUGCCACCCGCCACCCCCAAGUAUGCCUACGGCAGGGUGGUCCUGCAGAAGCAUGCUGACCUCCUGGAUGUCUUGGAUGUGCUGUGCCCCUCUGGGCCCAUCCAGAGCCAGUUCCCCCUCACCUUUGAGGCCAUAAAGCAGGUCCAUGGCUUUGUGCUGUACCGUACACAGCUGCCUCGGGAUGUCGUGGACCCAGCCACGCUGGGGGCUCCUCCCCACAGUGUCUGCGACCGUGGCUACGUGAUGCUGCAGCAGGAGUACCAGGGGACACUGGAGCGGGACGGGCAGACAACGCUGCGUGUGACGGGCAGGGAAGGAGACACUCUGGACGUGCUCCUGGAGAACAUGGGCAGGAUCAGCUUCGGCGCCAACAUCAGUGACUUCAAGGGCUUGCUGAGGAACCUCUCCUUGGACUCAAGCCCUCUCAGCAACUGGCUCAUCUACCCCCUGGCCAUAGACACUGCCAUCCAGCAGGUCGGUCCGAUGCCACCCGCCACCCCCAAGUAUGCCUACGGCAGGGUGGUCCUGCGGAAGCAUGCCGACCUCCUGGAUGUCUUGGAUGUGCUGUGCCCCUCCGGGCCCAUCCAGAGCCAGUUCCCCCUCACCUUUGAGGCCAUAAAGCAGGUCCAUGGCUUUGUGCUGUACCGCACACGGCUGCCCCAGGACGUCCUGGACCCAACCACACUGGGGGCUCCUCCCCACAGCGUCUGCGACCGUGGCUACGUGAUGCUGCAGCAGGAGUACCAGGGGACACUGGAGCGGGACGGGCAGACAACGCUGCGUGUGACGGGCAGGGAAGGAGACACUCUGGACGUGCUCCUGGAGAACAUGGGCAGGAUCAGCUUCGGCGCCAACAUCAGUGACUUCAAGGGCUUGCUGAGGAACCUCUCCUUGGACUCCAGCCCUCUCAGCAACUGGCUCAUCUACCCCCUGGCCAUAGACACUGCCAUCCAGCAGGGCUGGCUCCACUCUGCCCUACCGAAAUCAAGUAGCAGGGGCAGAGCAGGGCCAGCCUUCUACACUGGGACCUUUGAGACCCCUGGCAUCGCCUGGGACACCUUUGUGAAGUUCCCAGGUUGGACCAAGGGCCAGCUGUGGAUAAACGGCUUCAACCUGGGCCGGUACUGGCCCCCUCGUGGGCCCCAGCAGACCCUCUUUGUGCCCGGCUCGGUGCUGCACGUUGGCCGCCCCAACAACAUCACAGUGCUGGAGCUGGAGGGGACAGAGGAGGUAGUUGAUAAUGUGAUACGGCUGAAACAGUGA